AUCACAGUAGUAAUUGUUCGUGACAAGUAGUAACGAUCGACCUGAUAUUUGGCGGGCAGCAGAAGAAUUUGAAUAUUCCUCUGAAAAACAGGGAUAUCAAGGGCCUCAAAAAGUCAGAGCUCAUGCUGUUUUAUUUAGAAAAAGGACUUAAAUCAUAUAUUGCGACGGCAAGACUUGUAGGAAGGGGAUAAAAGUAUAGGGGACUUGUCAGUGUUCGCGCGUCUACUCGUGUGUCCUGAAUUUGGACGAAGUGCGUUUGCCAACGCAAAGAACUCCUUCGAGAUAUCUUGAUCUACGAACUCUAGAAAUUCAACUUUGAGAAAUCAUUGCUGAUGGAAUAAACAAUCUACAAUGGAUGAUAACAGUUAUCAUUCAGAAUCUGUGUGUAGUGAUGACACUGAAUACCUCUUAGGGCAAAAUGUCUCGAUUAGAGAGAUUGAAGACGUUGAAGUGCCAAUUCAAGAGGUCUCCAUAAACAAAGCCUCACUGAAGUACACUCGUCACACACAGGGUUUAUCAGUAGGAAAACAAAGAGAAAUUAGAACAACAGUAAGACAAGCAUCAAGUAAAAAAGAGAAGAAUUACAGAGUUAGCGAGAAACAACAUGGAGAUUUUAAAUACAAUGAGGACUUUGUAAGUUCUAACAUAGUAAGACCUUUAUCUCCUAUUGUGGCUAACUUGGAAUUUAUUGAAGAUGUUGAAAAGAAAAGGCACAAGAGUAGAACUUUGCUGAAUAAACAAAAAGAGCUCUCAAAGCCAACUCACCAUCAACACAAAAGGCAACCGAGCCCAGGAAACUGCAGUGGUGCAAGAAUAAUACCGUCAGAACAACAAGCAGAGAUGGUGCAACGUGGGCGAAUGAUUAAAAAGCUGCCUAUGGAUGGUUCACAAGGCAAUAAACCAAAUUUUCAUUCCAACUGGAGUCCACAUGGACCAACCAAUCACUAUAGUGAUCAUGGUUACGAGGGCGAUGUAGACAUGCAUACUCCAGAGCCGGCAGAUGUUGGUAGCAUUGCCUCAGAGGCAACUGAAGAUUUACUGCAAGGCAAGGACGACCUGGAUGGAUCUGUCAUGGAAAAGCUCAAAGAGUUGAACCUCGCUGUUAAUUAUGAUGAGCAAUCAAAUGAAUUUUUCGAUGAUAAAGUCAAGGAGGGAGCGGAAUUAUUGUCCAAGCUUUUUGGUGGAGCUGUUGACAACUAUUACAGUUCACCAAGUUUGAGCAACAGUGGGAAUUCUAAGAACUCUUCUUCACCAAGAUCUAACAGUGCUUCAAAAGGCGAAGAGAGAAUAAAUAUCAGUAACACAAGCAGCAAAAUGGGCAGCUACACUACGACCAAUACCAUAAGCACAGCUCAACAACCAUUCAUUGAGACGAGCAAAAAGAAAGGAAAAGUCUCUUUCGCCACUGAUGAAAGUAGCUCUUUCGAUUCAUCUGUUCACGCCGCCACUAAAAGCCAACGGCUUUCAACGACCCAGGACUAUGGUAGAGCCCAGAGGGAAGAAAACAGAUACCAUUCUGCAAAUCACAGCGAAUUUGUGCGAGAGACCAGCGCUCUGCGCGCUGCCAUGGAUUAUAGCAAUGAAUCCGAACAACAGAGUGGGUCAUUCGGGCAGGAGAGUUCACCUUCGACAAGCCUGGAUUCACAGAGGGUCAGUUACCCCAGUACAAGCCCCAAAUACAAGCAAGGCACUGAGAAAGAAGUGAUACAUAAAGAUGAAGGUUACGCUCUGGAUCCAAGAUUUAGGGUGGAGAGAUACUCAAAAAGCAGUGCUCCACAUAUCGAGAUUCCAGCGAUAUCACCCAAUAACAACCGAUCUCGACAUGAAUUUGCGACAUCGACACCACAAAGGAAUCGGCAGCAGACGAACUCCCCAACCAGACCUUACCAGAUUGCAAAAGAAGAUCUUGAACGUAAAGCGCUGUUUGAGAAAAAGUUACAGGAAACUGAAGGCAAGCUAGGGCAAAGCAUUCAAGACCUUCGGGACAUAGAGUUUGAUAUCGAAGAGGCUACUUCUAGGAGAAAGUUGGCGAUCCAAGAGGCUGAUUUACUUACAGAACAAUUAAAGCACGCUAAAGCUGACAUCAAGUCUUCCGAGAACCUCGCGGAAGAGUACCGGCAGAGAGCAACAAAAACUAGGUCCGAGUUGAUGGAGUUGGAAGUGGAGCGAGAUGCAGUCCAACAAGAGAUUAAGGACCUUAGCACCAUGCUACAGAGACAGAAGCAGGACACUGCCGAGGCGGUUCAAGUUGAACGCAAAAACGAACGUAAAGUGAUGGAGCUAACGCUAGAGCGGGAUAAGCUACUUAGGGAAAUGGAGAGCUCUAAGACGCGCCUGGAACAGCUCGAGGUGAGGCUGAAAAGCGAGAAGGACACCUACUGCGACAAGAUUAACCACCUACAGGAUCAGCUGAUCGAGGAGCAGAGAUCUGCCAAGGAGAACGUAGACAGGCUUAAACAGCAACUCGAGACCGAGCGCCAAAACGCACGUGACUCGCACUACGAGCGAAUCCACUCGAUGCACAAACUCCAGGACGAGGCGAAGGAGAUGCAGCAGAAAGAGAUCGAGGCGGUACGAGUGCGCAUGCUCAGAGAGAGGGAGCUCGAGAUAGAGAAAGUUCAGGAAAAAGCAAGACGUGAAGCCGAUAACUUGGAAAGAAAAGUUCAGGAUGCAGACUACCGCUCGGAUCAGCUGGAAAAAGCCUUACGCGAACGCGAGUCCGAGAUUGAACAAUUGAGGGAGAAAAUCGUGGGGGAGAAACAGAACGUGUACGAGAGCGAGCUUGGAUGGAAAGAAGCGUUAGAGAAACAGGAGGCCUAUUCUCGGGCACUCAAAGCCGAGGUUGAUAAUCUCAAAACUAGAGAGAUUGAAAUCCUCGAGAAACAAAGACAUUUAGAAGAGAAUCUUGAUGACAAAACCGAGGAGUUAAGACGGCUGGACGAGAAGAGCUUUAGUCAAGCUGAAGAAUCAAGUAAAAUACUAGAGGUAUGCCCCACCAAGCAAGCGUUUAAACCCGAGAACAAAGAAGAUGAAAUCCAGAUGCUUCGAUCAUUGGUCCGCCAGCAGGAAGACGCGACUCGACUUCUUGGGGAAAAACUCAGAAACGAGGCACAAGAGCAUAUUCGUAGUGCGUUGACUAAGGAGCGCGAUUCGAUGGACAAGGAGCGCGAGAGGUUCAACCAGAAACUCGACGAGACGCGGCAACACUACGAGGACGUGUUACGGCAACUUCGCGACGACUUGGAGGAGGAGAGACAAGGACAUCGGCAUCUACAGAAUGCACUUCACAAGAUGAAAAUGGAAAUGGAGAAAUUCCGCCAGCUUCACUUGCAAACUCAAGAGGAGAAAGUGAACGCUGUAGCACAACUGAGAUCCGAAUCCAAGGAACAAAUUAACCGGCUUAAAGACAAAAUCGAGGAGCUCACUGUCGUCACCGACAAGGUCGAGAGAGACACUGUCUUGGAGAUCAACGAGGAGUGUCGACGUGUGGCCAAUCUAAUAGGAAAAUCCCCUAAUACCACGCCCAUCAGACCCAAUAGUAGUUUUAAUGGUGAAAGUCCCGGAUCGAAAAUAGGCAGCCCAACCAGAGAUGCCCUUGCAAAUCUUCGUUCCUGUAAUGCGGAGCUUAGACAGAGCUUACUUGAAGCAAGGAAAGAUCUCGAGAUCCACCGGAACACGCCCGUGAAAACAGAGCCAAGCUCAGAGCUAACUCAACAACAAAUGGCAUUCUUCAAGAAAACUAUAAAAAACAAGGAUGAUGAGAUUGCGCGACUCAGGAGACAACUACAGGAAGAAGUCAACAAAGCGAGUAUACAGAGCAGAACAGAGAAAAUGUCGCUUCAAAAGACGAUUGACCGACUUGAGAGAGAAUUGAGGGACACAAAACGAGUUAAUUCGAUUACAUACAGUCCCCGUCUCAAUGGUAUUUCCUCCCCUCAAGAAAACACUAGUGGACUAGGCACUAGCUUGAGCUCGAACAACGCCAGCCCAAGGACUGGGGACGACAAUAGUACAACAAAACUCUUACGUCAUCUGCAAGGCCGUGUUAAACAGCUGCGCGCGCAGAACGAGAGCAUGCGCAGUGACUCACUCAACGACAGUCAGACCAGCAUCUACAGCGACUCGGUUGAUAAUCUCGAUGAGACAGCAAAAACAAAGAAGCUGCAAGAAGCUCUACAGGUUUCAGAGCAAAGAGCGCAGCAAAACUCCGCCAUGUUGAGCCAAAAGAUGAUGGAGAUGACGAAGCUACAAAAGAUGCUGACUCAUGCCACAAAGGAAAACAUGAAGUUGGAGCGGGCUUAUGCGUCACUGCAGCGAAAAAUAAUCGAUGCCUCCUCGUGAAGUCCUACCUAUAGACCGAUCAGUAUUUUUUGAAAUGGGGAGGGGGGGGAGUUCGCUUUUUGGAGUAAAAAUAAAGAAACAUGCAUGCCCUUCGGGUAAAAUGAAUUCUUGCAUUGUUGGAUCCAAAGAGAAAAGCCCUAUUACAUGACAGCUCAAAUGAACUCACCCCUCCCUAAAAUAUUUGAAUAACUUGAAUGGUCGAUUCCUUACAAUAUAUGAAAUACAGUAAUUCAAAUAUAGAAUAUUUAGUAGUUACACACUGCUUGUACUGUUAAUGUGGAUAUUAUCUCUCUCGUCUUCGCGCAGUUUCUUGCCUUCUGGCGCGCUUUGUAUUAUUCCUGAGCAGUUUAUUAUAUACGCGUGUUUUUAUGUUUUACAAUGCAACUGUCCACGUUUACAGUAUCAAAGAUGGACCAAAGUGUUUUUUGCUCCAUUUUUGCGAUAGCGACCAUAUUUAGGCGAUGCAUCUAGAUAAUUCUAGGAUACUUGUGUACGCAUGUAUAUAGUUUUUAACCAGAAUUCUUCUUACAGUCUAGCUCGAUUAAUGAAUUUUUUGUAGAAUCUGCUAAAAUAGAGAUGCCGUUUAGCUACCACUUAGAAAUAGAAAUAGAUAGAAAUGUAAAUUCAAUCAGUGUUCUUUUUAGUUUAACACUGUUUCUACCAAAAGGUGUUUUGUGUUAAUUAUAUAUUUUUGAAUAUUUGAUUCCCUGUUUUACUGCGAUUUAUGUGGAUUUCAUUGGGCCUUUUUACUAUUUAAUCAUAAUACUUUGUUUGGUGAAUUUAUUUGAGUUGUGUUGAGUGUUGUUUUGAGUUGUGUGUUACCAUCAUAUGGUUAGGAUCUUCUAGGGUUAAUAUUACCUACAAUCCAUUAAUCGAUUGGAAGCAAGAAAAAUCGAGAGACCAGAUUGUUUUAAUGCUAUAAUACAGAUUUCAAUACUAUACAUAUUUAUCAUAUUUUCUCGCUUGCUACUCGAAAAUUGUUUGAGGUCACCUUAAAAUGCAUAAUUCUGGUGAAGGACAAAGGUCAUCACGGACUUACAGGCAUUAACAACGCACAGCGUUUUAUAGUAAUUGUGGUUAUCGGAUAUGAAACAGAAUCUUGAAUAGUUAAAGUAUAAAAUUGCCUAGAAAUUUUAAACCUUGAUGGAUAAUGUGCCCUUAAAUGAGAUUGGUGAUAAUUCUAGUUGUUUUAAUACUAGUCGUAUUGGAUAUAAUUCAAUGUAAAAUAAUUCUGCCUAAUAAUAAUCUAUGUCUGGGUUUAGCUAUAACUUGGAAUUUUUUAAACCGAUUAUAUUAACCCUUGUAGUCCUGAUAACGUUGUAUAGUUUUUUAAGUUAUUGAUUAGACUCUGUCCAGGAGACUGUAUUUGUGUUAACAGUAAAAAUAAAACGCGAGAUUUAUCUUGAA